UGUUGCUUAAUAUAGUACUUAUCAAAUUAGUCCGCCAUCCCCGGGUCUUGUUCCAUGGUAGGACUUCAAUUAUGAAGCUCCAUUAAUGAAAGCACCAUGAAAACAAUGUCUGCAAAUUAUCAUCUCCUUUAUCAUUCUCCAUCAUCUUUGGGAUUUUGAGCUUCUCUUUGUCUUCUUCUUCACAGGGUAUUUCUGAAUUUCCCACAGAAUUUUACAGCUUUUUCUGUCUUUUACAAUUAUUAAUGAUGACCAGUUGCAGGAGUAGAACAUAUGUUGAUUUUUUGUUUUAUUUCUUGUCUGUGUCUUCCUGUUUUGCUGUCAGAGAAUGUUACAUUACAGGAACAUAAAAAAAUGUUGGACAUUCUUGCAAAUUGUGUUAUCAGAUGUUCAUCAGAUGAGAUUCAUGUGAAAGUUAGGAAUAUAUGUUUGAUACUAGAGCCAAAACAUUACUUGUCUUCAGUUUUUCUUUGAAUUUCUCAUGUGAUUUCUUGCUGUGAAUGGAACAAGAUGAAAACUUGAACUAUAUGUUUUGUGUUCUUUUCAUAUUCCAGAAGUUGAACGUAAGAUAAAAUGUUACGUUGGGUUUGUUUAUUCUUUUUUGUAUUUGAGAUUGUCACGGAUUGAAUUUUGACAUUUAAAAUUUAGAGUUUAAUAUUUUAUUAACAGAUAAUACGAUUGAUAACACUUUCGUAAUAUUGGAUUUGUUUUAAUGAAACAAAAAUUAAAAUUUAUAGUGUCUGACAUAAGAAAAGUUUUGAGGUUUUUCCAAAUGUCAGAACAGAUUGGAGAUUUUAUCCCUAAUGUUUUCAUUAUAGUUCAAUGCAAGCUUCAUAAUCUCUUGAAUUCUGUGCCAAUGCUUCCUAUGGGCUAGCAUGUACUUCUAGAGGCACUUUCUCUUAAAUGAAAACAAAAGCAUUUUUUUUUUUUUUUUACUUUUUCAGUUUCAAAGCAUUAGUUUAGAUGUUUGUGAAUUCAAGCAUCCAUCAUUGUUAAAUUUUAUUUCUCUGCACUAUGAAAGUUGCAGGUCAGCAUGGCUGUGGUUCCCCUAUGUUACAAAAUGCCAUACAAAGAACAAAAUUUUCAAAUUCCUAACGUAGCAAGACAGUCUGAGAAAGGCUUAAUAUGUGGCUGCACAGACGGUUCUAAGUGUUUUUCUUCUAGUUGUGACCACAGAUGCAAGGGGUGGCAUCCCUUGCAUAUUUCUUCCGGUAUCGUAACAAACACCGAUACCGGAAAGAAAGACGGAGGUUUUAAUAGACUGCAAUGGCAUCUUUGGACCUUAACUGGUGUGCAUAACACAAAAUUUCAUCUAAGACCCUUAUCCAGGAAAGCAUUGCCAAAGGAAAAUUCAUUGCCUGGUACUAAUGAAUCACAGCUGAGAUUAUUGGAUUCUUAUUUUGGAAAACUUCAAGAAGAUGCAAAGAAGGCUUCUUCAGAUUCUUCAAACAAAACAAUGGAUUUGCUUGAUACAAGUGGGGAAAGUAGCAUAAAGAAGGAGCUCAAGUCUCUCGAUGCUUAUCUUAGCAAACUCGAUGAAGAUUCAAAUUCUAAGAACUAUGUAUUAUCAUCCGAUGCCGGUGGCCAAACCCCUGAAGGCAACCCAAUAGCAACACCAUUUUCUGUAAGUGAAGAUGCUAAGAUAGAAGAGGAAGCAAAAUUGAGAAGUGAUAUAGGCUUCAGACUAAGGGAUGUUGGUAGUGGCUCAAAGAGGUCUGAAGCUUUGCAGCAAUAUGAUGAAGCCUCUGAUCUCUACUUAAUUAUACUGGCUUCCAUAAACAUUGCAGUGUUUCUGUUUGAAAUUGCCACUCCAGUUAGAAGUUCAGGCUUGGAGCUCUAUUCCCUUCCUUCAUUAUAUGGAGCGAAAAUAAACGAUCUGAUUCUGCUUGGAGAAUGGUGGAGGCUUGUGACACCAAUGUUUCUGCAUUUUGGAAUUUUUCAUGUAGCUCUUGGUUGUUGGGGGCUUCUUUCUUUCGGACCUAAAGUUUGCAGACAUUAUGGAUCGUUUACAUUUUUCUUAAUAUACUUGCUCGGUGGGAUCUCUGGAAACCUGAUAAGCUUUCUACACACACCAGAACCGACUGUUGGUGGGACGGGACCAGUUUUUGCAGUGAUUGGUGCCUGGCUGAUUUAUCAAAAACAAAACAAAGAUGUAAUUGCAAAUGAUAUUUUUGAGAGAAUGUUCCAAAAGGCAAUGCUUGUGACAGCUCUUAGCUGCAUAUUAAGCAAUUUUGGUCCCAUUGAUGACUGGACACAUUUUGGAGCAGCUUUUACUGGUAUAGCAUAUGGUUUUUUCACAUGCCCUACGCUACAAUUGGAUGAUACAUCAUCAAGAACUGGUCAAGAGGAAAAAAUCACACUUGUUGGACGAUAUGCUGAUCCUUGCAAAUCACUCAUUGUGUUUACUGUUUUCAUUGUGGUUUUCAGCUCUCUACUUUUCAUUAUGGAACCUCCUUUAAACACAUAAAUUGCCAUUUGAUGACUUUGCAUAGAAGAAAAAGAAAAAAAGGGUUUGAAACAAAAUCUAUAGCUAUUUCGUUGAAAUAAUCAUGUAGGGUGAUGGCACCUCACUUCGAGAGAAAUAGUAGAAUUGUGUAUUGUACAUAUUGAAUAAGAUGAUCUUAAAGAUGGUUUCACAUUUUUCUUCAUCUUUGGUAAUACCAUCCAUAUUGCACAUAUUCGAACCUGCUCUACAUAGAUUUGCCAUCUUGAAAUAAUAAAAAGUCUUGCUUGUAGUCAA